AUGUCGUGGGUUCCUUCUCCAGAGGUUGUGUCGCAGCUGAAGCAAGUGCUUGCAGCAACGCUGUCGGCCUCAGCUCAGGUGCGUCAUCAGGCUACCGAAGCUCUGUCACAAGGUAAACAAUUGGAUGAUUUCACCAAUUAUUUGUUGUUCAUCUUGGUGGAAGAAUCAGAUACACCCGCUGAGAUUCGAGCAGCCUCCGGUGUUACACUCAAGAAUGAUCUGCGUAGAGAUUUCCAUCUCGGUGAUAAUGAGUACCUCUUGUCAAACGUAUUCAAAGGCUUGUUAGCACAGAACACGCUGGUUAGAAAUAUCACAGGUAAUGUCAUCACAACGAUAUUUGCCGCUCUAGGUGUGAAACAAUGGCCUAAUGCAUUGCCACAGCUCUUGGAGCUGGCUCAGAAUGGUGAUGUUCUGGCACAAGAAGGUGCAACUGGUGCAUUGGCGAAGAUUUGUGAAGAUUCCAGUCAUAUAUUGGAUACCGAGUACAAUGGACAGAGACCGUUAGAUUUCAUGGUUCCCCAGUUCAUCCAACUUACAGCUUCCUCAUCACCAAAAGUCAGGGCCAAUGCACUGUUUUCCUUGAACCAGUUUGUUCCAUUGCAAACACAGGGUUUCUUGGUUCAUUUGGACGAUUUUCUAGGAAGAUUGUUUCAACUCGCA